AACAUAAAUCAAAUAUUGUUUUAGGUCAUUAGAAUAUAAAAUGGACUCAGAAGGUCAAUUUCCAGUCAAUAGCCCACCACGUAAAGAAUGGUUAUUAGAAAUUGACAAUGAGUUAAGAAUAGAAGUGGCCUCUGGAAAUGAAGCAAAAAUAACAAUUACUGAUGGCCAUGCAGAAAUAUUUGGUACUGAGUUGGUUCGAAACAAACAAUAUACAUUUAGAAGCAAGUCAAAAAUUGCUAUAUAUACCUGGCAUGGGUGCACAGUUGAGGUUUUAGGUGAGCUUGAGGUAGGGUAUAUAUCUGCUGAAACACCAAUGAUAAUAUACUUGAAUGUUCAUAUGGCUUUGGAGCAAAUGAGACAAAAGGUUGAAAAGCAACAAAGUGGUUUGAAAAUUGGUCCGAAGGUAGUAAUUUGUGGACCUGUAAAUGUUGGUAAGUCUACUUUGAGUAGAAUACUUUUGAACUAUGGCGUACGCAUGGGAAGACGGCCUAUUUUUGUUGAUCUUGAUGUAGGCCAGGGAAGUAUUGCUGUUCCAGGAUCAAUGGGAGCAUUACUUGUGGAAAGACCAGCAGAUGCAGAAGAAGGCUUUUCUCUGCAAACUCCUUUAGUUUACAAUUUUGGGCAUACUACACCUAGUGAUAAUAUUAAGCUGCAUGAUGCAUUGGUAUCUCAAUUGGCUGAUGUUGUUUUUAAACAUUUUGAGCACAAUCCAAAAGCUGCUGUCAGUGGUUUUAUAAUAAAUACUUGUGGAUGGGUUACUGGUGGUGGCUUCAAAAUUCUUAUGAAUGUUGUAAAAUCAUUUAAAGUGGAUGUUGUACUGGUUAUUGAUCAUGAAAGAGUAUACAACGACUUUAAAACAAAUCUUGGAGAUACUGUACAAUGUGUUCAUUUGCCAAAAUCUGGUGGUGUUUUUGAAAGAUCGCAAAGUCAAAGAAGUCAUGCGCGUGAUGAAAGAAUAAGGGAGUACUUUUAUGGUGGUCGCACACCUUUAUAUCCACAUGUGUUUGAUGUUAAGUUUGAUGAAAUAAAAGUGUACAUGAUAGGCGCACCGGAUGUUCCUGAUUCCUGCCUUCCUCUAGGCAUGGAGCAAGAGGACAACAGCAUGAAAGCUGUUCCACUAUCAAUUAACACUGAUUUAUUGCAUUCUUUAUGUGCUGUAAGCACAGCAAGCUCUCAAGAUGAAGAUUUUGCAAAAUCAAAUGUAGCUGGCUUCAUUGUUAUCACAAACGUUGACGUAGAGUCAAAAACAUUAACAGUUUUAUCACCUGCUCCUCGACCAUUACCGAAAGAAUACAUCAUAAAAACUGGCAUUAAGUUCAUGGAUUUAAAGUAAAACCUAUGAAAUUUGCAGUUCUGAAGUGCAUUAAUGUGUACUUUAGUAGUGAAGUACACAUUACUGAAGUGCAGUAAUGUUUGUAUUUUACAUAGGGUGUAAUAAAAUAAAAAGUAUUAGUGAUGGUGUGAAUAUUCAACAUCCACUACACGUCAUAUAUUUUAUAAAAUAA